GAAAAGGCAGAAGCUAUGAGAUGUGCUUUGUAUCCUUGCUGUGGAGAGGUUGAAUGGUGGGAUCUGGUAUCGGUGUUUUUAGAGCAAGGGAGGCUCCUUGCACGGGAAUGCUGAUGGGGAUUAUGACAAAACCUGAGCAGAAGCAGUCGAGUGGCUGAUCUUCGCUGUCAGGGCCGUAACUUACAGUAGCAUAAGUGUGUGCAACCGGAGUGUGUCGCGUGGCUGGUGAGAUGAAUUACUGUCAGAACGAUUCAGCCCCAUCCGGUGAGAGUUACGGCCGCUCCCGCACAACUUGAAAGCAACCUCUGUCAAAAUCUCAUCACCGGCAUCUUCAUUGCUCAGACAAAAACCCAACUCUACCUCGCCAACAAGUCGUGUCUAUUCACGUGCAACCCGAUUAAUACCCUCCGAACCACCUGGGAUCUAUAUUGUUCCAGACUCUCAUCAUUUUCUCUAGCUAUGACUGACAAGCGAAAGGCUUCCGGGUCCCUCGGAUCCUCGCAGCUCGUCAAGAGAAUCAGACCAGAUGGCGCCGGUGGAGAUGGAUCAUCAGCAGUUUCCAUUGUGAAUAGCUCCGCGAGCGGUGGAGCUCUCAUACAAGUUGUGCCGCGAACAUCAGCUUUGCAAGCUCCAAUCAUGGAACUAACGGGGCAUUCGAAGGAAGUGUUCGCUGUUCGCUUCGAUCCCACAGGUCAGAAUAUUGCCUCCGGCUCAUUCGAUAGAUCAAUUUUGGUUUGGAGAACAUAUGGUGACUGUCCGAAUUAUCUUGCUCUACCAGGGCAUAAGGGAGCUGUGCUCGACCUCCAUUGGUCACGAGACUCACAAAUUAUAUUCUCUGCUUCUGCCGACACCUUACUGGCCACGUGGGACGUCAGCACUGGGGGUAGGAUAAGAAGAUACGUCGGCCAUGAAGAUGUUGUGAAUGCAAUGGAUGUAACUAGACGAGGACCGGAAUUGAUGGCCAGUGGGAGUGAUGAUGGGUCUAUCGGAAUAUGGGACCCCCGACAAAAAGAGUGCAUAGAUUAUCUGGAGACAAACUUCCCAGUAACAGCUGUCGCUAUCAGCGAAGCUGGGAAUGAGCUUUUCAGUGGUGGGAUUGACAAUGAUAUCAAGGUUUGGGACUUACGGAAGCGCUCAGUAGCGUACACCAUGCGUGGCCACCAAGACACUGUUACAUCGCUGAGUGUCUCGCCUGACGGACAAUCUAUAUUAUCGAAUGCGAUGGAUAGCACAGUCCGUACAUGGGACAUCCGGGCUUUCGCACCAUCCAACCGACUGAUAAAUACAUACGAGGGAGCCCCGUCUGGAAUAGAGAAGAACCUCAUCCGGGCAAGCUGGUCGCCGACAGGCGAUAAGGUUGGAGCCGGUGGUGGGGACGGCAGUGUCGCGGUAUGGGAAGCAGAAACCCGAAAAUUAUUAUAUAAGCUUCCAGGACACAGGGGGACCGUUAACGAUAUGCGCUUUUCUCCAAUUGCUGCGGAGCCAAUUAUUGUGUCCGCAUCCUCAGAUAAAAACAUCCUACUCGGAGAGUUGGGUAAAUAAUACACGCACAAGCCACAGCCAGCGCGGAAGCUAUUUCAAAAAAGAGAGGAUGAAGCAAGGGGGGUGUUCACGAUACUACACCAUCCAGGGUGUGUAAUGACAAAAAUGACCACUGUACUAUACAAUAUUCAUUCCAAAAUUCCAAUACUAUACUGCACUACCCAUCG